AUGAGGAAGCCACCAAAAAGAAGACCAAAUUACAAAUUUGAAUACUACUGGACUGAUCAUCCUCAUUUCAAAGAUAAUAUUCAAUCAAAAUGGGAAACAACAUCUGGAGAUACAAUGGAAAGACUAAACAGCUUGGGGGAAGGUCUCACUAAAUGGAGCAUGCAAACUUUUGGGGACACAAAGAGAGAGAUUGAAAGUGAGAAGCAGAAGCUUGUUGAUUUGCAGGCCACAACACAUUCAGUGGACAUAAGGGAAGAAGAGAAAGAAAUCUUUCAGAAAAUCAUUACUCUUGAGAAAAGAGAUAAGAUGUUUUGGCAACAGAGAAACAAAUCCAAAUGGAUCCCUUCCACAGAUAAAAACACCCAGGUAUUUCAUGUAUCUGUUAUCCACAGAAGAAGUAAAAACAAAAUCAUUGCCCUCAAACAAGAUGAUGGAGAAUGGAUAUCAGAUAAUGAACAAAUAAAAAAUCAUCUCUUAACUCAUUUUCAGAAUGUGUUUACAAAGGACUCUAAUGUAUCUCCUAAUCUUUUUUCUUUUGAAAACUCUAAUAUGCUUAGUGAAGAAGAUUGCAGGUCAUUAAGCACAAUUCCUAAUGCUGAAGAGAUUUUUAAUGUGGUGAAGAACAUGGGAUCUCUAAAGUUCCCAGGUCCAGAUGGCUAUCCGGCUGUUUUCUACAAGAAAUGCUGA